AUGGCUGACUACGACCGUGACCGCCGGCAUAACAACCACAGGGGAGGUGGAGGUGGAGGUGGAGGUGGGCGCAAGCGCCGCUAUCGAGAUGACGAUGAUUACGAUCGCCGACCCCAGCGACGCAGAUACGAGGAGCCGCUCUUCGUUCAGGUCCGGCGCCAACUGCUUACGAUUGCCGAAUCUGCUGCGCGCAGAGUUGAAGACGAUAUUGUCGGAAUCGCCAAGUCUGUAGCGGACCAUUAUGAAGAUGAGGAGCUACGUGAUACCCUGGUUAACAUCUCUCUCGACCUCGUUCUGGAGCAGCCUAUGAAAAUUCCUUUCGUUGCCGCGGUCACCUUGGCCACUCACAACCUCAAGCCGGAGCUCAGCGCGGAGGUGCUCAAGAAGGCUAGCGACCUCCUGCAGAAACACAUUGACUCGGGAUCAUGGCGCGAGGUCAAGCUACUCAUUCGAUUCCUGGGCAGCUUGCAACCUAUAUUUGAGGGUGAUGGUAUUUUCCCGCUUCUGGAGGAGUUCUUCGCCCGGGCGGCUGAUCUCCAAUCCGCCUCUUCCGAGGAUCUUCUCGGUUUGGAACUCGUCAAAGUCAUCCUAUUCACGAUCCCGUACGUGAUGUCUUCUCCCGCGACUGGCUUCGAAGCCCAGGCCUCGGCCCUUCUCGAGAAAACCGAUAUCAUCGCAUCGACUCCCCACGCUCUGGUCGACCUGGUCAAUACAUUCAGCCCGGACGAGAACAAGGAAGCCGCGGGUCCCAGUGUGAUCGGCUUGAUGCAAAGCCAACUACAAGCCGAAGCUGGUCAAGGCUGGGAGUUGAAGUGUCUGCCUCGUCCUUGGAAAAGCGUACAAGAAGAGAGCGAGGAGCAGAAGCCCUUCGAAGUCGUGACCAAGGUUCCUUUCCCGCAGAUCACCGUUCCGAGCCCUGUUCCCAAUGGCCCUCGGCCGCUUUUCCCGGAGGUCUAUCUCUCGGUAUACGCUGAACAAGAGAUCUACACGGUACCUCCAAUCUCGGAUAUCACAUCUUCUAUCGUGAGAGAUGCUUUGGUAGAUACUAUUAACCUGCUUGACUUCAACCGAGUUGCCACAGCCAAGUAUCUCAUUGAUAUUGACUGUUACUUCACUCCUUACACAUUCGUCAAGCGUGCGACUCCGUUCGACCGCAUGCGUGAUCUGGCUGGCGAAGGACAGUCCUGGAAGCCUGAGGAUGUGGCUGUGGAUGCAGUUUUCUCUCAAUUGUACCAGCUGCCGACUCCGGAGCACAAGCUCGUUUACUACCAUUCGGUUUUGACCGAGUGCUGCAAAAUCGCCCCUGCCGCUAUUGCGCCGAGUUUAGGCCGUGCUAUUCGGUAUCUCUAUAACCAUCUUGAAACCAUGGAUCUGGAGCUCAGUAACCGUUUCCUUGACUGGUUCGCCCACCAUCUGAGCAACUUCGGCUUUACGUGGAAGUGGAGCGAAUGGGUUGACAAUCUCGAACUCCCCGCUAUCCAUCCUAAGAUGGCUUUUAUUCACGGUGCUCUUGAUAAGGAGAUCCGCCUGAGCUUCGCGCAACGCAUUAAGGGCACGCUUCUGGAGCCUUACAUCCCCUUGAUCACCGAAGGCAAGGAGAAGGAUACUCCCGAGUUCAAAUAUCUGUCAGAGAUGACCCCAUACUCCAAGGAGGGCCAAGAACUUGGCCAACUCAUCAGGAAGAAGGCCAGCGACGACGAGAUUCAGCCCGUGAUCGCAGCCAUCGAGGAACAAGCCCAGGGCCUAGGCGUAGAGGAUCCCAAGGUCCCCUCAACCGACGCCUUCGUCACAGCCAUCUGCUUCGUCGGCUCCAAAUCCCUCUCCCACGUCCUCUCCUGCAUCGAGCGCAACAAGGACCGACUCCUAUCCAUCGGAGCCGCCUCCCACCAAGCCCGCGGCCAAAUUAUCACUUCCGUAAUGGAAUACUGGGCCGACCAACCAGGAAUCGCAAUCAACAUCAUCGACAAACUCCUAAACUACACAAUCCUAUCCCCGCUCUCUGUCCUAGAAUGGGCACUGAACGAAAAUAUCGCCGCAGGAACAAUCCUCUCAAAGCCACACAUCUUCGAAAUGAUCUCCGCAACCGUGGGCAAAGUCACGAACCGCAUGCGCCAGAUCGUCGCGGCCCGCACUCAACCCGGUCUCUACGAGCCGCAGCUAAGUGUUCUCGAAGAAACGCUUUCCCGCGAGCGCGUCGAGAUGCAGGCCUUGUUUAAGUUCAUCGAGGAUGCUAUUGUUUCCGUUGCCGCGGGGAGUAAUGAUGAACAGAUGGAGCGGGGCGAUGGGUCUGGGGAUCUUCCUGAGGAUGCUAUUAUUCGUCAGUGGGGUCGGAGAUGGCUGCGCGUUUUUAGGAGAAAGGCUGGCGUUGAGGAGGCUUUUAUCAAUGAUGCGUUGGCUAGUGCUACGCCUGUUGGGACCGAGGCUCCUGCUCUGACUCAGGAUGGGGAUGAUGGGGAUGUUCAAAUUGGUGAUGCUGAUGCUAUUGCCGAUGGCCAAUGA